AUGAGUCUUGAUGUCUUAGAAAAACUCGUUAUGAACUGUCACUUGAUUGGUGACGACGUGGGAGCGGUUACAGUGGAACUCAUCAAGAGAACUGAGAAAAACUAUCUACGAGAUUCUGAAACAGGACCCUUCAUUGAACCCGGCUCUGUGCUGGGAGGCAUCGGCAAUUAUUCUCAGAAAACCUCUGUUUCACUUUCGCAAAAGGGUCGACCAACAGUUCCAGUAGUAUUUGUCGCCUCACCUUAUUUGAGACUACGUCCUUUGGAAGGUCACCAAAAUACGGCAAGUCGAGGCGACCAUCAACCCCGAACACUUCUACAGAACCUCUACGGGUUCGAUGUUACUCCAAAUCGCGAUAAGACGCAAAUUGUCAGCAAAAUUGUGAAUGGUUCACAACCAAAUGAUAAUGCACUGCACGUGAACCAAAUGUGGUGCCUUCUAAUUGGUUCUACCAUUCUGAUCACCAUGUCAGACCAUACAACCAAAGAGCUCUUGGACGGAACAAUUGGAGAGCGACGUCUGGGUCAUGAACCGCCAAUCAAGGUUAAGAUCAUUGACGAUGGGCAAAAACAUCAUGACAUUGCUGUAUCAUCAAGCAUAACAUGGGUUGAUCUUUUCAAAAUCACUAUGGAUGCCGUUCAGAAGAAGAGAUCUGAUUUUCACUACUAUGAUUUGCGUGAUGAGAACAAGGUCGUCAUAACUGCUGAAAGAUGGAUUGAGAUUGCGAGCUCAAGGAGCCUACGGAAAUCACAGUUUUAUACGGUUUAUCUUACCCCAAGGCCAAAUAAUGCAGACCCGAGGAAGAAUCGACCUUUAUUGGAGUACAGAAGAUACGAUUCCCCCGGGAUAUUGGACGACUUGUCAACAAGGUACCGACGAAGCGACGCAUCCUCCGAACGGGUGGGAUCUUCUAAGAAGGAGCCAUUUGUACACGAAUCAGCAGACCGGUUCACCUCCGACACCGCUUCCCAUCCCCUCUUUCUGAAUCAAGAUGGUGCCGGUUUUAUUGUGUCUUCUCCGGAUCCUCAAGAUCCCGAUGCAUUUUAUAGCGUCGAUAAGGACAUCGUCUCGCGAUCGCGCGAAACUGAAUCGGUUGAAGGUACAAACACAAUAUUGCCACUGGGAAUUGAUAACUUUUCAAGUGACAGGGAGGCUCUGGAGGCUUCUUCUACUGGUAAUUUUACCCAUUUACAUGAUGAUGUUACAGGUAACAUGGCAGACAUUGGCGGAACGAUUGUUCUUCCCGAGACAAACGAACAUGAGAUGAAUAACAAAAGAAUACCACACAAGAACUUUCAGCUUGGUUCAGAAAUAUCUGUCGAAACUUACCCUUCUGGACCCUGCAUACCAACGAGCUCCAGUACUUUGCGAAGCGCCAAAGAGGCAAACAUGAUUAAACCUCUUAAUGAAGCAGACGAGGCCAUUUCCAACAGUCCAGUGGGCAUGUAUUACUAUGCUAAAGUUCCAGAGCUCACAGAGGAAGAAUUUGACUCUCGGCAAGAUAUUCCGAGUCAAAGCUUACAAGAAGAGGAUCCAAGUAUUGCGAAAGAGAGUCCUACUCAUCAAAAUGUUGGCUCGAUGGCCGCUCAUAUUACAGCGAAAGACAACAAUCUGCCGAAUAGCGUAUCUACAAUUGAUCACGCCAGAGGAAAUGCCCAUCAAGAGAUGGAGGAGGUUAAGAAGAACAGUACUGAUUCAGAAAUAACGUUGUCUGCUAUGGUACAAGACAAUGUCGCUAUGAAGCAGGCGCAAUCGUUGGGUAUUUGGAGCCCUGAUAAAGAGUUGAUGAAGCAGCUCGUCACAGUCAGCCGACAGGUUCUGUGGUCGUUUUUGCCAAAGACGGGUAGCUCAACAGUGCACAUUCUCGUGAAGCGGUUUUGGAGUUGCAUGGAUAUAAUUCGCCGACAACUCAUCUGGGAAGAGAGCGAACGCGAACCUCACCACGUACCAACAUACAUGAUUCGCGACUUUUCUGCAACCCUUCAAAGAAUGGGCAGAGGCCAAUCUCCUGACUCUCAAAAGACAAGCUGGGCCAAAUGCGGGGAUUGCAGAGGAGGAAAACACUACUCGUCGGCAGAAGAGGCGCUGAAGCAUUUCCACGACGAACAUUUCGAUUGCCACCACAGAGGGAAAAGGCCGUACGACGAUCCGUGUUACUCCUGGCUGCAUCGUAUCUGGCACUCACACUAUUCUGUGCGAAAUGAGCGAAAUGGUCUACUUCGCAAUGUACAAGAGUUCGAAAGAGAACUCUCCGAGCUUGCACUUCGACUGAAUGAGCUGCACGCUAUGGUGACAUCCAAGGAAGAUGAUUCAAUGGGUGAUCUGACGGUAGGGCCGCCACUACCAAAACAUAUCUUUUACGCUUUACAAAAGAUGGUGCAAGUAUUUGUCCUCCGAUCAGAGAGGCUAUCUUUGAUGACGAGAAUAAAGGCAUCCUCGGGAAUUGACCUGUCUGAGAUUUCGCAUAAGAUCAACGAGCUGCAGAGGUUUGAGAAGACUGCAAAAGACCGGAUGUUGGAUCUGCCCCCCGAACCCCAGGCCGCUGGAGCCGAAUUCUUGGCCUUGGCUUUUAUUUCCAAGAGCCACAACUUACUAUUCGAGGCCAAGACCUCAAAUCCACGCCACAACGACAAUACUCUCAAGUUGUAUAAACAUUAUGCUUCAGAGCUUCAGUACCGGGCCAAUCAGCGCCCUCAGAAGCGGGUCUUUCUGAAUAUUCGCAAUCUGGAAGAAGAACUCGACGGUCUGGACUCUCUGCUAAGCAACCAGAGAGAGUGCCUGCAUAAGUUUGCAAAGUCCAUUUCGCCCGAUACCCUUCGCCUUACUACCAUGACAAGAGUCGGGCAGAAUCGUGUCGAAAAGGCGUACCAAGACAAUCACACACGACAACUCGACAUGCGAAUACAAGAAGUACAGAACAUGAAGACGCGGUCGAGAUUUUUAGAAGAACAGGUGAAACAGGACAUUGAAAUCAUGGAAGAAGAUCAUGGAAAAGCAAUCAGAGUCUUUACGAUUGUAACGCUGUUCUUCCUACCCAUGUCUUUUGUUUCGAGCUUCAUGGGCAUGAACACAGCCGAUGUCAGAGAUAUGCAUUACAAGCAAGGGUUAUUCUGGGUAACGGGAAUACCAGUGACCCUCUUCGUGCUGACACUGGCCUGCAUCUACGGCUACAAAGGCGAUGAGAUCUGUGACUGGGCAAUGCAGCUAUCGGACUGUCCAAAAAAUAAGAAACUGCGGCUGCCAGUGGACGAGGGAGACGAGGUCGGAGAGGAUUACAGUAAUGUGUACGAUGUGCCCCGUCUCCCUAGCCCCAAGAAGCCUCGACGAACUGCACACCAAAGGAGGCGGCUCAAGUCAAAGCUGCCGCAUGGUGAUGAGGACGACGAUGGAAGCAGAGAACAGUGA